AUGAAUUAUUCUAAACCAACUAUAGCCGAACUGGAAAAAAUACAAAAAAAUCGAAUUUCUCAAAAUACUAUUAAGUGUACCAACAAGUGGGUUAAAAUUAUAAAUGCUUGGCAAAAUCACGUUAAUGUUGGAUACAAUUAUACACUUGAAUCGGUUACAAGUAAAUCACAACUUGAAAAGGAAGUUUGUGAAUUUAUUUGUGAAGUUCGUACUUUAAAAGGUGAUUAUUAUUCACAAUCUUCUUUAAAAAAUGCUGUGGCUUCAAUUAGUCGAUAUCUACGUGACGCGAAAUCCGACUGGCAAUAUAAUCUAUUGAAUAAAAGCGAUUUUCCUAAUAUUUUUGCAACUCUUGAUGGAAUAUUAAAAGAGAUGAAAAAAUUAGGAAUAGGAACAACAAAAUCUUAUGACGGAAUUACAACUGAAGAAUUAAAACUUAUUUUAUAUCAUGAAGAAUUAUCUCCAAAUAAUCCUGAAGAUUUUCUUCAUCGUGUUUUUCUUUGGAUGUGUCUUUUUGGUUGUCUUCAUGGUAACGAACAUAAGAAUCUAUUAGUUUCACAAUUUAUAGAUACAAAUCAAGAGUUUAUAUUUCAAAAAUUUAAACAAAAAAAUGAUCAAGGCGGUAUUGAAGGAAAUCAAUAUGACCUUGAAAUUCCAUUUCCAAAAGAUAUUCCAAAUCAAGCUGAACCUAAUGCAGAUAUUCAUAAAUUUAUUUCUUUAAGACCACCAAAUG